AAGCUCACGCGCAUGAAUCAGAGACAGAAGUAGUUGUUUCUGGAGAGAUGUAUGAUUCUGUCUUCACCCUUAUCUUGAAUCAGUUUUUAUUGGGUGUGAAACAAAGUCUGUCCUGAUGAUUUGGGGCUCGUGUGAUUUUAGGAAAUCUGCAACGGCUCAAUGGAUGCGUCUGGAAUAUAAUUUCUUAAUAUAAUAGAGGGACGCGAUUCUGGAUUCAUGAUACAAGUUUGACUGACGGUGGAUUUUAACUAUAUUAUAUGCGAAAAAGGAGACAGUCCCUCUGGAACGGACGAUCUUCAGAGGAAAAGUAACAUGGAUCACGUCGAACUCCGCGAGUGCAGAGACCCGAACACUGCUCCGAGCUCUGACACUCGUGUGUACCGGAGACGAUGGCUCAUUCUGCUGCUAUUCAGCUCAAACUCACUGUGCAACGCGUUCCAGUGGAUCCAGUACGGAAUCAUCAACAACAUCUUCAUGAAAUUCUACAACGUCUCUUCAUUCGCCAUCGACUGGCUGUCGAUGAUCUAUAUGUUGACUUAUAUCCCCUUGAUAUUUCCAGUGACAUGGCUAUUGGAGAGGAAGGGUCUCCGGGUGAUCGCGCUGUUCGCAGCCUCCGUCAACUGCGCGGGCACGUGGAUCAAAGUGGCCAGCGUCCAGCCAAACCUGUUCUGGGUCACUAUGCUCGGACAGUUCACCUGCUCCUUUGCUCAGGUGUUCAUUUUAGGGAUGCCGUCUCAGGUGGCGUCCGUGUGGUUCGGUUCCGAUGAAGUGUCCACCGCCUGCGCCAUCGGCGUCUUUGGAAACCAGCUUGGCAUUGCUAUUGGCUUCUUGCUCCCGCCUGUGCUCGUGCCAAACGUGGAGGACAUCAGUGAACUGGCUCAACACAUCCGAGUCAUGUUCUUCUUCACAGCCGCUGUGGCCACCCUCAUCUUUCUGCUGGUUGUGUUCGUGUUUCAGGAUAAACCGGAAAAGCCUCCGUCUCUGGCUCAGGUAGCGCUCAGAGAAAUGCCCACGGGACAGAGCUCGUACAUGGCUUCAAUCGUAAGACUCUUCUGCAACAAGCCCUUCAUCAUCCUCCUCAUCAGUUACGGACUGAACGUUGGAUGUUUCUACGCAGUUUCCACGCUGUUGAACAGGAUGAUAAUCGAGCAUUACCCGGGUGAGGAGGUGAAUGCUGGGAGAAUUGGUUUGACUCUUGUCAUCGCUGGCGUGGUUGGCUCUCUGAUCUGUGGAAUCUGGCUAGACAAGACCAAGACUUAUAAGCAGACGACUCUGGCGGUUUAUCUGCUGUCGUUUGUGGGGAUGGUGAUCUACGCCUUCACCCUGAACUGGGGUCAUCUGUGGGUCGUGUUCCUCACAUCAGGAGUUCUGGGGUUCUUCAUGACGGGGUAUCUGCCGCUGGGCUUCGAGUUUGCAGUGGAGCUCACGUACCCGGAGUCGGAGGGAACGUCGUCAGGACUGCUCAACUGCUCAGCACAGAUAUUUGGAAUCGCAUUCACCAUCAUUCAGGGCAAACUCCUGGAUCACUUCAGCACUCUGGCCGGCAACAUCUUCCUCUGUGUGUUCCUCUUCAUCGGCUCCAUCAUGACAGCGUUUAUAAAAUCUGACCUGCGGCGACAGAAGGCCAACCACACGUCUCUGACAGAGCUGAACGCUGACUCAUCCUUGCAUUCCCACGACAAAAAACCGCUCCCAGUAAAAUAGGUUAAGAUGUACGGACGGAAACGUCAUGAUAUCCAUCGGUCCUCCUGAAUAAUGACGGCUCAAGCACAAGUGGAAGUUUCCUUCAUUUUGCUGAUGUCCUGGUCAGUGCUCACACAACACUCAGUGGGAAUCAUUCAGCAAACACGACUUUGUGAAAUACAUUUUGGAUGCUUAAAUGAACGAUUGGUUGUGUUUCAUAAAUGAGGCUUAAUACGUGUUGGGAAAUGUAUCCUGUUUGCAUGAUGGUUAGAUCUGACCUAAAGAUAUUAAUGUAGUAUAAGUGUCUCCACAUCUCAGUGUUAAGAUUGUUGAUGCUGGACAUCACAAUAUUAUUAUGAAAGGUCGAAGUCCUUCAAUGAAACCCAUCAAUUGAAGCCUACUUGAAUGUGCCAGAACGUCAGUCAUGUGAUCAACGGAGGACGUGUGAAGUACUAAUGCAAUACUAACAGACCCGACAGCCGUACACUUCUCUUCAUAUUAGAACAUAUGCAAAGGUUAAUGAAUGUUGUUGUAGCAGCAGGAAUGCACGCUUUUUGAUCCAAUAGAAACAUAUAUUAAUGACAUUUAAUGCCAGGGUAAUAUAACACAAUGUAUGGUCUUCUAAAUGUACAUACUUGAAAUGUUUUUCUUCCAAUUGCGAGUUUAUAUCUCACAAUUCAGACUUUCUUUCCCUCUCGAUUCUGAGUUUUUAGAUAAGUUGCAAUUUCCUUUUUUAUUAUUUUUUUUUAUUAUUGUGUAAUACAAAUGUUUUCAUAGAUUAUACAUUUAAAGCACAGUCACAGAUGGAGUCAGUCUAUUGUGUGUGUGACAGACCGCAGAAAUGCUCUUCUUUCUUGGGAUUUUUGUCUUGUUUCCAGUGCAAAUAUAUAAAAAUUCUUAAAUAAAGAUAUAUAGUCUUGUUUUCUGGGACUAUAAAGCAAAAUUAAAGGGACAUUGUGUAGGAAUUGCUGCCAUCUAGCGGUGAAAAUGUAUUUUGCAUGCAGACGAAUUGUGCUCUCCAGCGCCUCGCUUUUUUAAAUGCGCGUUGCAUCUACGGUGACCAUUACGUACCAAAAAGCUAUGACAGGAUUAGCACUUCGUCGAGUGUGAACAGGUUUGUUAUUUCAAACAAACAGCAGCAUGACACAACUAAUGAACUAACGUCGGCUCUGAACGAAAACGCUUUGUGGAAACGCGUUGGCAAAGUACUUUUUGUCCCUCUCUUGCUAUUAUAGUUUUUCAAGAUGGCGGAACUACAUGGAAGCCUCCGUGUAUAUAAAGAUAAUAAAUUGUUCGUUUACGAGGAUAAGUCAGAUAGUUGGCAGAGGUACCCCAUUGAGGACAAAUAUAUGAAUAAAAAUAUUGAUUUUAAACAAUAAAUUACAUAAAAAGUUACACAUCGUCCCUUUAAGUAUGUUUUUGCAAAAUUAUCGGCCAAUGGUGUACGGAAAAUAAUCUUGCUUCUGUUUGAAUUGUUAUCAUUAUUUUUCUUACCUCAUUGGCAGAUCAUUUGCUUUUUAAAGCAACAAAUCACUUAAUUUUGAUUUAUAUCCCCAGAAAACAAAACAUAAUAUCGUAUUGCAUUUUACUCAUCUAAUGUAAAUGCAUCUUGAUUUAAGAAUUUAAAUAUUCGGACUGGAAACCAGACACAAAUACUCAGUAAGUUUUUGCAGUGUGUGCCGACUACAGUUAGCAAGAUGCUUUGUACACAAUGACAUCACAAAACAUGAUGGUUACUCAAGGUCAUUUACAUUUAUUUGUUUCACACGGGUGCAAAUAUCCACCAAACAAGCCAAAUUCAACAGAAACACUGAAG